UUGUUCAUGCGUCGACUUUUUACAAAAAUGAUCUUCUCAACGGCUAGCUAGAACUAGGUUACCAAACUUUAAUUUCUCAUUAAUUUAAUCAUUUAUUGGUAUAGUACAAAUAUAUAAUACUACCACUAGUCUUUUUAUUGAUGUAUAAAUAAAGGUGGACAUAUGGUAGCCGAAAGCCGAAACAAGUGAAUAGUGGCGGUCGGGCUCUUACUUUGAGGACUUGGAAGUGACGGAGAUAACCACAUGGAGCAACAACUGGAGUCACGGUCAUUCAAAACAACUUUGUGGCUUGACAAAGAUGGAGAGGAGGAGGAGGAGGAAGAGGAGGGCGUGAGCCUGUUAGCCAGGCACUCAAGGGAUCCAACCAAAGUAGAUGGAGCCACUUCUACUUCUUCUAUUACUAUUAAUGGUGAGCUUGAGCCUGCCCCUGCCAAUGGAACUACAUCUGAAGACCAAGAAGAGGACAAAGGAGCAGCAACGGCAGAUUACAGUCGCCGAAAUGAGGAGGUGGGCGAUGAGAAUGAGGAAGAAAAAGUUGCGAAGGGGGAAGGAGAUGGAAUUGGAAACAGUGUUUACUUUGACAAACUUGAAGGCAUUGAAUCCAUCCAUAGAAAUUCUGAAACGCAAUCUGACAUUCCAAAAAUCCUGAGCUUGGAAAGCAAUCAUCAACGGGUGAAAAAUGUACAGGAUCAAAACAUUUUUCGUUUGAUCCCAGCACCAGUCGAACAGUUGCAUGAAGAAACAAAUAUGAGUUCUAAGCAUUUCUACAAUGCAACCAAAGCUGAUGUCAGUGUUGACUUAAGUGGAGAAACUGAAGAGGUUUUGAUGGAAUUAGAUGUUGAAAAACAAAAUACACAUGAUUUGAUCUGUCCAAAUUGCAAUGCCUGUAUCACACGUAGGGUUAUCCUUCGCAGAAGAAAGCCAAAAAUUUCAAAUAAACACCACAAACCAAAGCCUGUGAAAAAGUUGGAUCUGAUUCCUAAUUCUGUGGGUGACGGCCGUGGUGGUGACACACCUGAAAUAUAUUCAAAUGUUAGUCCAACACCAGCACCUGAUGAGCAAAAUAAUGGUACAGAACAAGAACAAGAAGCAUUCGGCUGCACAUCAUGCUACAGCCUUUUCAUCCCUAUAGGAAAUGGUUGUUUCAAGAUCUUUCAGUUCUUCAGACAUGGGAGGCAGACUGAACAGGCACCGAGUCUGCAAGAUAUAAGCCAGAGGGAAAGCAUACAAAGUCCGCAACAGAUAAGCCAGAGGUCGAACACUCAGAGCCCACAAGAGAAAAACACAAGUGAAAAUAUACAAAGUCCUCAUGAGAUAAGCCAGAAGGAAAAGACACAAAGUCCUCAAGAGAUGAGCCAGAAGGAAAAGACCCAAAGUCCUCAAGGUAUAAGCCUGAAUGAUACCACUCAAACUCCUCAAAAGGUAAGCCACGAUGAAGAUACGCAAAGUCCUCAAAAGAGAAGCCACAAUGAGAAUGUGCAUAGUCCUCAACAUAUAAACUAUAAUAAAGAUGCACAAAGUCCUCAACAUAUAAGCCACAAUGAAGAUACCCAAAGUCCUCGAAAGAGAAGCCACAAUGAGAACAUGCAUAGUCCUCAAAGUCCUCAAAAGAGCCAUGAUGAGAACGUGCAUAGUCCUCAAAGUCCUCAAAACAGCUCUGUACUUGACAAGGUGAAAUCUGUAUCCAGGGAGAAGAAGCCAGAUGCUGUCAUGUUACAGAAAAAUGCUGGGAAGAAUGAGAUAGUAGAGGAUAUUGAAGCAGGGGUGCUUGAGCCAACAUUUUCCCCAAGGACGGAGGUGGUACCUUUGUCUCAAAGUAGAACUCAGGAUGAAAAUAGAGGUGCUGAUGGUCAAACUCAUGAAUGGCAAAUACUAAAAAGCAUUGUCUACGGUGGAUUAAUUCAAUCAAUCAUAAGUUUAGGUGUUGUGUCUUCUGCAGCAGGUGCUGGUGCUGAUACACUGAAUGUUUUGGCUUUGGGAAUGGCAAAUCUAAUUGGAGGGCUUCUUGUCUUUAUUCAUAAUCUUAGAGAACUGAAAAAUGACCAACCUCGUGGAGAUUCCACUGAAAUCAACGUUGAGGAAGACCGGUAUCAAGUACUGCUAGGACGGAGACAGAAUUUUGUAUUGCAUGCGACUGUAGCUAUUCUAUCAUUCCUCAUUUUUGGCUUGGUUCCUCCUGUUGUAUAUGGCUUCUCAUUUCGCAAGAGUGAUGAUAAAGACCUCAAGCUUGCAGCAGUUGCGGGUGCUUCUCUAGUAUGCAUCAUUUUGCUUGCACUUGGUAAAGGUCAUGUUAGAAAACCACAUCGAGCUUAUUUCCGAACUGUAUCAUCCUAUGUCUUCCUGGGGAUUACGGCUUCUGGCAUCUCAUAUGUAGUUGGUGAAAUAAUCAAGAAACUCCUAGAGAAGCUUGGUUUAUUUGAUUCAAGUUCAGCUGUUAGCAUGCCAUUUUUGGAGACAAUACCAUUGGAGGUGGGACGGGCAUCCUAUUGAAGUUCUGGAG